GACAACUGACCAUUCAUUUAACCCUCAGCUAUUAGAUUUUAUGUUCAGUUAAACGAAACGAAAAGUAAGAAAUCUUCUCUCACUCCUACACCCUGAUUGUGCGCGCGCGAGGGAUUCAUUGGAAGAUGCUAAUGGCAACUUUGAUAAACCCCGCCAUCCCUCCUUCACCUUCUCGUCGCUUUUCCGUUCCCAGGACUGCGCCUAAUGCUAAAUUCUUUAAGGCUCCUUCGCUUCGUUGCGUUAGGAAGAAUUGUGGAAUCAAUGGUUUAUCUACAACUCCUUCACCUAUGGACAAUGGAGGUCCAGAUGAUGAGGAAUCGUCACCGGAAGAGUUAUCCGAGGAUGAAGUGGAACCAAAGAAUAAUCAGAUAUGGAGACUAUUCACGGAAGCUCAGAAGAAUAUUCUGUAUUUGAAUAGACAACGAGUGAAGGCUGUUGAAGAGUUGAACAAAACAAAUAAGGAGAAGCAGCUAUUGAUUGACAAGAUAAAGCAAUUGGAGAAAAAACAGAAGGAAAGUUUCAUGAAAAUUCUGCAAAUUUCAAGCAUGUCUAAUAACCUAGCUCUAUGCUGGGAACUGUUACUUCGGAUAGACUCAAUGGUCCUCGGUGGAUUAGUUAGCACUGAAGAGGCGUCCAAUUUGAGAAGGAUGGUCAUAGAUAGCGAAGUUAGUCUUGUAGAUGUAUUCUCAGGCUCGCUGCAGGAAAGAGAUGCUGAGCUUCUUGAAGAACUCCGCCACUUCUCUGGAGGAAGCAAAAGGAAAGGUUUUCACAUCAUUCACAUAUGUACUGAAAUGGAACCAUUGGUCUCAGUGGGGCCCUUGGCACCAUACAUAACUGGCUUAUCUCGGGCACUGCAAAGGAAGGGCCAUUUGGUGGAAGUUAUUUUGCCAAAGUAUGCUAGUCUUGACCUAGAUGAGGUUCAGGGGUUGCGAGAAGUUGAGGCUGAGUCUUACACUUAUUUUAAUGGACAACUGCAUGGAAACAAAAUCUGGACUGGGGUUGUCUAUGGCAUUGGAGUCACUUUUAUUCAACCUUUGUAUUUCUCAUCCUUUUUCAAUCGAGACAGGAUAUAUGAUUAUCCAGAUGACUUUGAACGAUUUACCUAUUUCUCUCGUGCCUCAUUGGAUUAUAUAGCUAAAUCCGGAAAGCAACCCGAUGUGUUACACUUGCAUAACUGGGAGACUGCUAUCAUUGGGCCUAUUUUCUGGGAUAUUUUUGCUAAACAGGGGCUAGGAAAUACAAGAAUAUUAUUGACUUGCCAAGGCUUUGACUCUCAGUGUCUGGAUGAACCUGAUAAGCUAGCGCUAUGUGGACUUGAUCCUGGCAGACUUGAUCGUCCUGACCGUUUGCAAGAUACGUCUAAGACACAUCUUGUGAACGUUUUGAAGGGUGGGAUAGUAUAUUCUAACAAAGUUAUAGUUAUGUCAUCAAUGCACUCUAAAGGAAGGAUCAUUCACAGUAUGAGUCAUGGAUUGGAAACUACCUUAGCCUUGCACAAGGAAAAAUUGCUUGUCUCUCCUUGUGGCUUCGAUAACUCUACCUGGGAUCCAUCCACAGAUAAAUUUCUUCCAGUAAAUUUUAGUGCAGAGUACAUGGGGGGAAAAGAUGCAUGCAAAGUUGCAUUACACCAACAGGCAGGCAUAUCGAAACAUGCUUCUUCUAUUCUGGUUGGAUGCGUCAUCUCAGAAGUAUCAGAUUUUGAUUUAGAGAAACUGCGAGCAGAUGUGCAGAAUGCUACCAGAGGGGGUGCACAGUUUGUCUUCUUGGGGAAUGGUGCAGUGCCGACUGUAAAUAAAGCACUCAGAUAUCUUCAGGAAGCACUUGAGGAUUCCAAUGUGCAAUUCUUUACCCACUGCGAUGAAGCGCUAUCACAUUUGGUUUUUGCAGGAUCUGACAUUAUAUUAUGUCAUUCCCUUCACGAUCCUCUACUUCAGGUUCCUCUCAAGGCUUUAAGAUAUGGAGCUGCUCCGGUUUUGGAAGCCUCUUCUGAUAACAACUUCAGAUACUCUGCAGAUCAUGACCACGAGAUCACUAGAUUCUCGCAGUUCAUGAGAUCUACCUUCGGAAUUAUGUCCCUUAGCCAAGCCCUUGACGAAAUAAGGAACAACCCAUCAACAUGGAAAACAAAGAUAUCGAACGCCAUGAAGAAGGACUUCUCAUGGGAUUCAGAAUGCUAUGAAACUCAUGUCUCAGCAUACGCCGCGGUUAAAAAUCUGUGAAAGCUGCAAUGAAUGU